AACAUGGCAUCAGCAAGUGAGGGGUCUCCAACCGAAGUUUCUCAGGAGGGCGCUGGAGGCAAAAAGAGAAAGGCUGGCAACCAGGUGGCAGUGAGUAAGAAAAAGUCAACAGACGACCACAAACAACACAGCGGCCAAAAAUCACUCAUGUGUGGGGAGUGUGGGUACUUGGCUCCUUACAAGUCUGCCUUAGCCAUGCACAUGAGAACCCACACUGGAGAGAAACCCUUCAAGUGUGACCGGUGCGACUACUCUGCCGCGAGGAAGUCUCAGUUAGAUUAUCAUAUAGCAAAACACAAUGGUGAAGAACCUUACAGAUGCAAGAGGUGUGGGUUCAGGACAAUGUACAGGUAUCACUUAACCGUGCAUAUGAGGAUCCACACAGGAGAAAAACCCUACAAGUGUGACCAGUGCGACUUUGCUGCUGCACGGAAAUCUGCCUUAGUUGAACAUCAAGCGAAACACACUGGUGAGAAACCAUACAUGUGUGAGGAGUGCGGGUACAGGACAGUUCACAAGUCUUACUUAAUCGUACAUAAGAAAACCCACACAGGUGAGAAACCCUUCAAGUGUGACCAGUGCGACUAUUCUGCUGUAAGGAAGUGCCAUUUGGACAUCCAUCUAGCAAAACACACAGGUGAGAAACCCUUCAUAUGCGGGGAGUGUGGGUUCAAGACAGCUGUCAUGUACAACCUAUCUCGGCAUAUGCUGAGUCACUCUGACGACAAACCAUACAAGUGUGAUCAGUGCGACUAUUCUGCUGUAUUUAAAACCACCUUAAAUAAUCAUAAAGCAAAACACACCGGUGAGAAGCCAUUCAUAUGUAAAGAGUGUGGGUACAAGACAACGCAACAGUACUACCUUUCCCGACACAUGAGAAUACACACAGGUGAAAAACCCUACAAGUGUGACCAGUGCGACUAUUCUGCUGCAACCAAAUCCACUUUACAGAGCCAUCUAGCGACACACACCCGUGAGAAACCCUACAAGUGUGGGGAGUGCGGGUACAGGACAGCUUUUAAAUCUACUUUAACCCGGCAUAUGAGAACCCACACAGGGGAAAAACCCUACAAGUGUGACCAGUGUGACUAUGCUGCUCCAACAAAGACCUCUUUCAAGAAACAUGUAGCAACACACACCGGUGAUAAACCCUACAAGUGUGGGGAUUGUGGGUACAGGACAGUUACAAAGUUUGACCUAACUAAACACAGAAGAACCCACACCGGAGAAAAGCCAUACAAGUGUGACCUGUGUGACUAUUCUGCAGCAAACAAGUCAUCUUUGCGCUACCACGUGGCAAAACACACCGGCGAAAAACCGUAUAUUUGUGGGGAGUGUGGGUUCAGAACAGCUAAGAAGUAUAACUUGACGAAGCAUAUGAAAACCCACACAGGAGAAAAACCCUACAAGUGUGACCAGUGUGACUAUUCUGCAGCAAACAAAUCCAGGUUGGACCAUCAUCUUGCUGUACACAGAGGGGACAAACCCUACAUGUGUGGGGAGUGUGGGCACAGGACAGUAACAAAGUAUGACCUACAGAAACAUUUAAGAAUCCACACAGGAGAAAAACCCUACAAGUGUGAUCAGUGUGACUAUUCUGCAACAGAAAGUAACCACUUGAAGACACAUAAAUUGGCGAAACACACCGGUGAGAAACCCUUUCUGUGUGGGGAGUGCGGGUUUAGAUCAACUCAAAGGACUCAGUUAACCAUACACAUGAGAACCCACACAGGAGAGAAGCCAUACAAGUGUGACCAGUGCGACUACUCUGCUGCAUCAAGGGGUAAUCUGAGCAAACACAACUUGGUAAAACACAGCGGUAUGGAGAAACCCUACAAGUGUGGGGAGUGUGAGUACGCGACGAUGCGACAGAAUCAUCUCUCCCAGCAUAUGAGAAAACACACGGGAGAGAAACCCUACAAGUGUGACCAGUGCGAUUUUUGCUCGGCUUACAAAAAUGCCCUCAACAAGCACAUGAAACAACACACAGAAGAAACAGCUGAAGAAGUGUGACCUUGGCGCAACAGACCGAUCCUUUGACUGUCCAACACCCUUUCGAACAAGUAGGACCCCUUGUUCGAUUUAGAUGUUGUAAUUGGCACCGUACGCAUGUGUAGUGACCUUAACACCAAAAGACUCGCGAAGGAACGGCUGGGAUUGAAGUGUACACUCUUGUAUUAAUGGUUCCAAUGUAAAUUGGGUUCUAAAAUCGUGUUGAAUAAUCCAUGUUACAUAUACAGUCAAACGUGGGUUAUACAUGUACAUAUACAGCAACCACUCAAGUAACUAAGGAAAAGCUUAUUGAGCACAGAUGGUUGCUUAGGAUAAGGUGGGGUUAACUAUGUAGGAAUGGACUUUUUUAUUUGGCUUGUGACUGGAGGGGUGUUCAUCAAGGGGAAACAUG